AUGGCGGAAUUUUACCGCGCUAAUGAAACAUCAGUGCAGUUCUAUCAACGAUGUACGAAUUUAUCAUAUUUCGACUGUUCGGAGGAAGAAAUGCUGUGGAUUAUGAUGGGACCUCGGACCUUACCUCUGCAGAAGAUUGUUCCUAUAUCCGUGCUACUGCUGGUGAUAUUCUUGACCGGAGUUGUGGGCAACGUGGCUGUGUGUGUGGUGAUUGUGAAGCACCCAGCCAUGCACACUGCUACCAAUUAUUACCUGUUCAGCUUGGCGUUGAGUGACUUGCUGCUGUUGCUGUUUGUUUUUAUCAUGUUGGGCGAAAAAUAA